CCGCACUUGAUUGCACUUGAGCAAUCCGAGUCUAGAUUUGCGGAUUCGCAGGUCUAAAGUUGGCAGGUGAGUGAUGGCUCGUUGCGGCUCAUCACUGCAUGCCGACGUCUCAUGCUCGGAAGCUUUCUUGAGCGAAUUUUAUUCGAGUCUAGGGGUAGGUGCUGAUCGUGUCGUCCUAAUGUACAGACUGAGACCGACCUGACCGACCUCGGAUGCUCCCUUACAAGAUACCACUCGUUUCAUCCUUAACGAGCAGCAUGGUAAUAUCAAUACCUUGCUGAGCUUGCGCACACCCCUUUGCUCUUCGACAUCGUGCACAAGCUCAACACUAGAUCAAUAUCCACAGACAUCGCCACUCCCAGCACCUGUCUCAUCGCACCUGCUGUGCUCUGUCACCAUGAGUGACGCGACUCAGGCCUCGCCAACACCCGCGACACAUGCUCAUCCAGGCGCAAAUGGCGAUGCUGCAGAAGCUGCUUCAUCCACACGAAGAGCAGAGGACGAAGCUCAAGCGCGCAUCCUCAUGGGAAAGGUCAUUGAGCGCCAAAAGGAUCAUGCGCCCUACUCUGAGCUCAUACCUUUGGCCUUGGCAAUGACAGGUCAACAACAGCAUCCUCUUUGCGGCAGGGACAACCCAGAACGAGAGACGGGGGAGGAGAUGGGAGCGUCUAGGGAGCUUCUGUUGGAACUAAAUGCGUGUAUGCUAAGAGUUCGAUCUUUCAAGACUAUACCUCAGGUGGAAGAAUGGCUCAGCAGAAUGGCGGGAGCCAUCUUCUCGUGCCGGGACUGCAUGGACGUCUAUAUCAUUGCCAAGGAUCUGGCAAGAACGAAGUACUUGAGCUCCUACGCUCCAGGCUCCCUGACAAGGUUCUUUACCGCUAUAAAUCAAUGGGAAGUCAGUCGAUCACUAGAAAUCUUGGAUGGCAAGGGCGUAAAGCCAAGCGGCGCGUCGAUCGACAGCCUUACCGAAAGCGAGCUGUAUGCGGUCGUUGGUACAAUCAUGCCCUGCAUCGCGGAUCCCAUCGAAGAGUGUCCGAUGGCAGCGGACGAGCUUCUUCAGACGGUCGGCAGCAACUUGACCAGCGGUUCCGUGAUGGGGCGCUGUUGCCCCGGUCUCCUUUCGCUGGCACUCAUACCAGGCAAGGCCGAGACUAAAACAGAGAAUAGCGACAUGUCUCUCCGCGAAUGGGCUCUCAUGCAACUCUCCUCUGCAGACAUCCGACCAAUCCCAGCCAAGGUGUGCGCCACUCCAACUAUGAACAGAUUACGGGACUUCACAGAAAAGUACGCAGGCAAUGCUAGAUCGGACCUGUUGUCAAAGUUCGCACCAUCGAUGUCCAACAGCGAGUGCCCCAUCGUGCCCGAGGACUCAUCCCCCUCGCCCAUCACAACUGCAGAUCAGGCUGCGUCGUUGCUCUCCAAGCUCGGCGAAAGAGGCGGCGUGGCUCAAAUCGAGCUGCUGCUGAAUCAGCUCGGCCAAGUCUCCCGAGAUACCCCACACAUUUGGAAAGAGCUCGGGACUAGGCAGCAGAGUGCACCAGGGAGCUCUAGCGCCUCGGACAAGUCUGGCGGUGGCAGAGCUUUGGUGGGGCUCGCUUCGCUCCUCGACAAUCCAGGCUUUUCCGAUCUUUUUCAGAAAGUGGGGACAGGAAAUGUCUAUUGUCAUCAAUGGGCUAGCGAUUUUCUGCUAUCCCUGCGAGGUCUGUCCAGCGAUGCGCCUGGAAUCGGUUUAGCCUUCGAAGAUGCGCUUCGACGGCUCGUCAACUUCGCCCUAGAACGUCAACAAGCUGCUCACUCGAGUCACGACGCGAAAUUGGCUGCCGCAAGCAUGGGAGUCACCUUGUUGCAGAUAGCUAUGAACGCUGACUUGUCCCCACGAGACACGAGCGUCGACUCGGUGCGCGCCAGGAACGAUUCAGAACCCCAAGAAGCUACUUUGCCACAGACUUUCACCAAAGAGCCAUGCCGAGAUGCUGCUCUCAAGACCUGCGCACUCUAUGCUUCGACCAUUGCUAAUCUAGCACUGCGUGGACGCUUACCGAACGACUCGACUGCGAUCGCUCGCGAAGACGCAGCUCGACUCAGCGCACGCGACUUACUUGCUGCUGUUUACGAAUUCGACGCCCGUCGCUUGGAGAAUGCAUUUGCUGAGCUAGGUACUCUUGCACGAGGUCACAAGAGCAGAUGGGCAUCUCGACGAAGAAUCGCUCGGAGGCCUGGUGGAGGCGAGAGCGUCAAGAAUCCGGAUGGUCCUGGUCCCGCGGAGGUGUACUCUUCGGCGGCUAAGGACCCUUGGCCAGGCCCUGUUCUCUGCUCAGAAGCUUGGACAGAGGGAAAGAAAGCUUUUGCAGCGGAAGCAGACGCUGCAUUAUUCUUGAGACCUUUGGCAACGCUCAGCGUGCUAGUAGAACCUUCUCUUCAGACCCACUUGCUCCCGGAGUCAAAGGAAGCAGCGACGGAAUAUGCAGAGUAUCGACAGAUCUUGAAGACGUGCAUCUUGAACUUGGGCAGGGCAUUGCGCACGCAACGAGGGGCGCUAGCUUCGGCGCUGCUUGAAGUCGGCGAUUCCGUCAGAGCGCCGCAGCUCCAGCACGUGUGCCAGGAAAACUCAGACGCCCUCGUCUGUGCAAUUCUGUCUCCUGAUGUCGAAGUCCACCGUUCUUCCCUCAACGUGGUUCGCGCCACUUUUGACGAGUCGACUUCUCGAGGAGAAUGUCUGAUGUCCCUGCUCAAGUUUAGCCCUGACUUGGCGCUCAAGGGACUGGAUGACUUCUUGACCGCGUUCGUAGCAGCGACAUCUAUGCUUGUUGAAGCAAAUGAGGCGGCGCGAUCCCUGGUCAACUCGUUCGGCGAUGUACUCGAGUGCCUGUGCUCUCCAACUUACGGUCUCUUGCGAGUCGGUUCUCCGCACUCAUUUCUUCCAAAUGAGCAGUGCAUCGUAGAUGCGAGAAUUCCUCCGAUUUGGAACUCUUUGCUUCAGGGCAUCGCUAGCAUCUUCCGCAACAGUCCAGCAUGGGCUCAGAUUGUUCCUCCCAACGACAUGGUCUCGUGGUUCAGAGACGUUGUGCUCCUUGCCAACGAUACGCUAGAAUGCGUUGACGUCAUGCGCGCAGCACUGUUGGACGUGGACCAGCAAGAUGAGAUAGUCACCGCUUUGGCCUUUCCUCUCGAGGAGGUGUGCAGCUUCCUCCGUCUCAACGACAAGGCCAUUCUGGACGAGACCAAGGACUACGUCGUCAAGGCGCUAGAAACGUUCCGAAGCGCCAAGUAUGGAAUAAUGUUGCCCCAGGUUGUCAUGGAUAGGAUGCUCAAUUUUGUCGAGUCUCAGCUGGCCGAAAGUGAUUCCGCCGUCCGCAAAACCUUGCUGAGCUCGGCUGAGCUAGUCCUGCUGCGCGACCUACUCGGACCAAUGGAGCUCUCAGACGAAGAAGGCGAAGACGAGAUUCAGGUAGUCGAAGCGCACGCAAAGACUGUCGACAGGGGCAAGGAGCAUCAAGAAUCCUCGACUCACGCUCCAAGUGCCGCACCUGCUGCGCCUUCCUCGAGCCCAAGCUUUUGGCAAGCAACACCCCCUCAAUCUCAGCAAAAGGAGGGCAAACAGAAGCGUCGACUAAAACAGCAGAAGCUGAACUUCUCACCCAGUCAACAAAGGCAAGCUAUCGACGUUGAUGCUUUGCCAGACGCGGAAGUCGACGAUGUUCUCCACACCCCGCCGCUCCCGCAGCGUCCUCCAACAAUCUCUUCGACUACCGCUCGCAUCGGUGCGCCGAAGCCUCUACCGCGUGCACCUCCACCUGCACCCCGGAAUGCGUCCGCUGGGCCUUCGAGGAAUGCUUACACGCCCGCCGUCGCCACCGCUCCCAAGCGUCCAAUGACGAAGCCACCUGGUCGGUCGGCACCCAGAUCCUCAAGCUCUCUGCUCAGCUCAGCAAGAGAGCAGGUAGCUAUGAGCUCUGCUCGAUUCAGACCGAACAGCGCAAGUUACCGAGCAUCACUUAGCACUGCGAGACAGUUCGGUAGUCGCCUGCCAACGGACAAGGAGUUGAAGGCUCCAAUAGCUGGUCCGACUGCGGAAAGUCGCGUCACAGGUGCUCGCCCGGAUGGCGGUCACGCUCAGAAGUUGGCCGCUGCUGCUGCAGCGAAGCAAGCGUCCAGUGAUACGAGCGACAGCAGUGACGAUGAUGAUCGAGAAGCGCGGGGCUUGGCGGCUCUAAAAGUUGGGGGAUCGAGAUCUCCCUACAAAUCCCGCAUGCCACCCGCUCCUCGGCAGCCAGCGAGGAGCACAGUGAUCAUCGAGGAUCCGAACACCGAGAGGAUGGCCAAAGAAAAGGCAGAGCAGGAUCGCAAGCGCAGGCUAAGAGCUCCACCCGACUUUGCUCAGCUACAUCGAGCGAUCUUGUCUUGGGACUACUGGGCCGAAGGGGAUUAUCCACCAAAUUCUACGUCGAAUAACUUCAAGAUCGGGCUGGCGAGAUACAACAGCCCUGAGCAAUACAAAGAAGUCUUUGGCCCUCUGCUGCUCCUCGAAUCGUGGGCGCAGCUCCAAAAUUCGAAGGAGGAGCUGACAAAUCCUUCUGCUCGUUUCUUCACCAUGGAAGUCACGGGCAGAUCGAAAGUCGAUGGAUUCGAAGACAUUAAUGCGACGAUUCCGACGGCAUUGAACCAGUCCUACAGCGGUCUCAAGAUGUCCUUUCAGGACACGGACGUCGUAGUGCUCACGCUCUUGGACGGCGCUCAGAAACCCAAAAAGAUGCUUGCGAAAGUGGAAGCGCAUCGGUAUCUUGGCCAGGGAAGCAACGUGACCCUACGUUGCUGCCUCGGCCCUGCAGACAAGCAAGGCUUGAGCGGAAGUCUCAGCGUCAAGUCUCGUUGGUCUAUCUGCAAGCUCUUCACGUUGACGACGCUGCAUCGAGAAUGUGCCGCUCUAAUGGCAUUUCAAGACUACGACUUGGUCGCAGACAUCUUGCAGGGCAAAGCGGCGCCGAAGCAGGUUGUGCGAGAUAACGACGCUCGCCAGGCCAUGGACGCUUUCCAGGUCAAUCGUCCUCAGGCUGAAGCGAUCGUUGGGUCUUUGCAAGCCGACAGAGGCAUCAGCCUUAUCCAGGGACCUCCAGGUACGGGCAAAACGAAAACGAUUUGCUCCCUGAUCGCACGGUUCAUGGCAACGCGGAAAAAUGCGCCGACUCCCAUACAUGCGGGUCGACAAGGCGUCAAGGAACCACGCAAGAAGAUCCUUCUUUGUGCGCCGAGCAACGCCGCUAUCGACGAAGUCGCGCGGCGUGCAAAGCUGCCCAUGACUGACAAGCAUGGCAAGACGAUCAAGCCGACAGUGGUGAGAAUCGGCAGGGAAGAAGCUCUGAACGUUAGCGUGGCCGAAAUCUGUCUCGACGCACUUGUCGAGAAUCGACUGGCUGCUCUUCAGGGUGGAAAUAACGGCGUCGACGAGGUCAACACACUUGUUGCGGAGCUGAAGACGAUUCGAGAUGAAAAGGAGAGCAAGUCGAGACAGCUCGAGGAUGCUAGGAUCGCAGGAGUCUCUGGAGCAGCUGUCGGUCAGCUUCAAGCAGAGAUCAAAGCGCUGACCGUCAAGCGCAUGAAUACCGCUGAAAAGCUGGAUCAGAUCAAGGACGCGAAGAGGACCAAAGCUCGUCAGCAAGAAGCGGACCGGCGCAGAGUUCAGGUCGAAAUUUUGGCGGACGCGGAUGUGGUUUGCACAACGCUCUCCGGAGCUGGCAAUCCGAUUCUGGCUGGCCUACCUUUCGAAUUUGAAACAGUCAUCAUCGACGAGGCUGCCCAAGCUGUCGAGCUGAGCUCCCUCAUCCCGCUCAGGUAUGGGUGCAAAAGAGUCAUCCUCGUCGGUGAUCCAAACCAGCUGCCGCCGACCGUAAUCUCUCAGAAGGCGGCACGUCUAAAGUAUUCGCAGUCUCUCUUCGUCCGAAUCUUUGAUGCGCAUCCUGAUGUCUAUCUCCUCUCCAUUCAAUACCGCAUGCAUCCCCUAAUUUCAGCAUUUCCUUCGCAGCGCUUCUAUGAUGGAAAGCUGCAAGACGGCCCGAGCAUGGCCGAGCUCACAAAGCAGCCCUGGCAUGGUACGUCCUUGCUUGCGCCUUUCAAGUUCUUCGAUGCCCACAACGGCUCGGAAAAGAUGGGUCGCGGCCACUCCAUUGUCAACCGAGACGAGGCUUUGAUCGCUGCCGCGCUUUAUGACCGGUUGCGCCAGGAAGCGCAUCGGGGCAGCGUGGACCUUGACUACCGAGUCGGAGUCGUCACAAUGUACAAGGAACAGGUCUUUGAGCUGAAAAGGGCCUUCACGAACCGAUUCGGCGCCGGUGUGGAGCAAACAGUCGACUUCAACACGGUCGACGGGUUCCAAGGGCAGGAAAAGGAUGUCAUAAUCCUUUCUGCUGUACGCACCCAGUCCAUCGGUUUCUUGUCCGACGCCAGACGUGUCAACGUCGCCCUUACGCGCGCCAAAAGCAAUACUUUCGUCAUUGGAAACGCCCAACUUUUGCGCAGAGAUGAUUUGUGGGGUUCGCUAGUCAGGCAUGCGGAAGAGAGUGGCGUCCUAGAAAAAGUCGGACCUGGAUCGUUUACCUACGGCGCGACGCAACGCCAGCAGAGCUUCGCACCUUCUGCUCCUCGGCAUCCGAAGGCUCACAAGCAGAAGACACCGGUGUCUCAGACACCAGACUCUAGCACCGCAAUGACGCCCGCAGAGCUUGCCAAUGGCGGUCAAGCGCUCCGGCAAAAUCACAACGGCAAGGCUAGAGAUGGCACGAAGCGUCCAUUUGACGAAGACGAAAUGCGCAAUCAGUCGCCUGUCAAACGGCCUAAAUUGAGCAACGGUUUUAAGGAUGCUCGCAAACACGGCAAAGGCAGUCACAGUUCCAAGUCUUCGUCCAGAGAAAGCUCUGCCUCGUCAGUCAGGAGCAACUCGAAGGUGGCCGGGCCCAGUCAUCCGAAAAACCAGGCUAGCUCUGCGUCUAGACCGGCCUGUCCUCCGGACAUUCCCGCGGCGAGAAGAGACAAACCACCAGAGAUCCUUGCUGCGAGGAAAGAUGCGGAAGGCGGUACCGAGGGUGCUGCAAGAAACGCUUCUGCCAAUCGCCAGCAAGAACGAGGACGGCCUUCUGAGGCUGCCUUGAAGGCUGUGUUCAACACCAAAAAGAAGCGACGCUUUGCGCCAGGAGCUUGAUGGCGCACCAUGACCGCUGCGUCGCAAGCGACAGCACUCUCUCUGCUUUGCUAAUGAAGUUUGAUCGACACGUCACCCUUGCAUCCUGUACACAACAAAAGUGCUCUCGCGAUUAACAUUUGCUGCUU